AUGGUGAGCGCCCCCGAGGCGCUACGCUGCGCCAUCCGCGAUGGGAUCCUCGAGAGGAAGCGACGCGCAGGCUACUGGACCAAGCGGCAGUUCGUGCUGACCCCGACGCACUUGAUGUACUUCGACUCGCUCGAGGCCAAGGAGCCGGCCAACUCGUUCGCGACCAUGGAGAUCAUGGCCGUCCAGAAGAGCCCCAGCGACCCGCAGCAGCGCGUGUUCACGCUCGUGCUGUUCAAGAAGAAGAAGGACUAUAGGGCCAAGAACACAGAGGAGAGGGACGCCUGGAUGGAGGCGCUGGAGUCUGUUGCAGGGAUGAAGGGAACGGGGAUCGCUUCCGUUCCAGCUCCCGUCAAGACACCAGAAGACCCUGCUGUUGCGGAGACUAUGGAGAGGGAGAGCCGGGGCGAUAGGGACAGUGGGAACAAUGUUCAAGAUGUCAAGGACGUGGAUCUACGCGCGCUCUGUGAGCAGAUGAAGAAGUCGAUUUCGUGGCAGAUCCAGAUCAGCAAGUCGUUCUCGGCCAAAGACGUCGCGGAGUUUGUGAAGAAGACGCUGCCGCAUCUGACGACGAAGCAGAUCCAGGAAGUUGGCCAAGGAUUGAUUGAUCAGAAGCUGAUCAUCCCUUUGAAGUCGCAUAUCUUUGAUGUGGCGGACCCGGGGAGGUUUAAGUUUGUGGAAGCUGCGGCGCCGAAGCAGCCGAAGAAUCACUUGAAUAUGCGAGGUCCUUCUAUUGCGAACCUCAUGGGCAACGACCAGUUCAAUGCAAGCAAGUACACUGAAGAUUUCCUGCGCAAGCACUCGCCGCAGAAGAUUGACUCGCACUGUAAAAAGCUUGUCGCUCAGAAGGAAAACACAAUCGAGGAGCUGAAGGAGGAGAUCAGCGCGAACUACACCUCCUUCAUUCGAGCAGCGGACGAGAUUAAGACUAUGGAAAAUAGUGUAUCGCAGUUGAAGGCGUUAGUGUUGGAGUGCAGGCGAACUAUGCACACCUUAAAAGGUGUGGCACUGGAAGCCCCUCCAGAAAAAGUAGCGCAGCCCGACUUUAAAGCCGUCGACAAGAAAGCUGAAGAGCGGAAACAUAGCAUGGCUCUGGAUGAAUUUAUUCGCGACCUGGAGGUGUACCUUUACGAACGAAACUACGAGCAAUUCACACACCAUAUGCUCGAGUACAAGCGCAAGGAGACGAAAGGGAUCGAGUCAGCUACAGAGGCACAGCAAGCGAAAAUCGAUGAGCUCCGGCAUUUGCUCGUUGAAAAGCUGGUCGAUGAGUUUAAUUCGUCGUUGCAGACGUCGGAGCGUAUGCACAAGAAAGAAAACCAUCUAGAGUUUUUGAUUCAGCUUGGCGAGACUCAACUGGCAACAGAAAUGUGUCUUCAAAACUACUCGGUCCGGAUUGCGCUUCAGCUACGCCACGUGCCGUCGUACGGAAACGCUCUCAACUACGUCAUCAACUUCUCGCGAACUUUUUUCACCUCGCUGCUUGUAUGCUACGAGGACUAUGAACAUAGCUUUCGUGGACAGAAGAGCUCCCAUUUUAUAUCCUUGACCGUGUGGAUUUCUGCCCAGCUAGAGCAUUUUGCAAGCGAAAUCACGUAUCACAUUUUCCCAGAUGAUCCGAGUGCUUCCUCAUCUCGAAGCUCGUCAGCUGUGGCGGGCGCGUCCUCGUCAGCAAGUUGUGUGGCGAUUGAUGUCUCGGAAUUUAAGAGUGUCGCGAAGUACGUGUCGAGUGCUCUACGCUACGUAUUUUACGGCUCGCGACAACUGGAGCUGGCAGGAUUACCAACCGCACAUUAUCUAGCCCCACACCUGGCACGUGGUCUGGUAUCCUUUUUCACGAGCUAUUGCAUAGCUAUCAAGAAUACAAUACGAGAAGAGAUCAAGCGCGAGCGGUGGGAAAUGACGUCACGGAUGAUUCGCGAUCCCGAGAACAAAGUGGAGCGUGAAAUUAUCCUUACGCAGAGUGCGCGAUCAUUUUACACGCUUGUGCAGCAAUUUUUGCGAGACGUCCAACGCGUGAUGAAUCCCUCCUGUGCUACCUCCAACCUUGCAGAGGUUCACGGGGUUGUCGUGUGGGAAGCGGAUGAGUUGCUCAUUCGCUACAGUUUUGAAGAGCUUCAGUACUUAGAAUCACCGAAGUUAUCGUCUUCGUUGCGGCCGAAGCAUAUCAUCGGUAUCCUCACAAAUGCUGCGUACAUUCAGGACGACUGCGCUGCGCGAUCCACCAAUAUUCUUCAGGAGUAUUUGCCUAAGGCUGCGCUUCAAAACAGAGAGAACGCUGCUGUUUGGGACAAACUCGUGGCAAUUGGCGUCAAGCGCUGCGCGCAGUCCCUGAUGAAAAUGUCCUUCAAUUGGCAAGAGCUGGAUCUAGCCGACGACAUUCUUCCCGACAUUUCGGCCUCGCCCGAGGCAGCUCCGACCAGCUCAUUAUUCGCUGGUGUCGUGGUGAAAGAACUCGCAGAUUCUUUGGCAAACAACCAGCUGAACAAAGCCAUGCUGGACGAUGAACCGUGGUGGCAAAACUUCGGUGGCAAGGGUGGAUUCGCACGCAAACGGCUCGGUUACGGCGGAAUGCUUGCGCUCUACCAGCAGCUUCAUCCUGGCAAGAAAGACGUACGCGCUCCAGCCGAAUGGACCCAAGCGUACACGAAGCGAUGUAUUGGGGCAGCCACGCCCGUGCCUGCAACUCAAUAA